CACUGAGCAGUGCGUGUGAGGAGAGGCAGCUUCUGUUGUCAAGUGUGGCGGACUCCGAAAGAUUCACUACUCCUUCCAAACCUCUGAGGCUGUAUGGUGAACAUCUUAAACAAGAAUAGGUGAUAAAAAUUCUUUGGAACGUGGAAGGGGAAAAAAACUAACACGGAAGGAACAUAGAGAACAUCUUCUGUUUAAUGUCUAGAUGGAUGUGAGAGAAGAGACGUGUGAGGCUGACAUGAAUAUUGUGGAACAUAGGGCUGUACAUAUUAAGAAGGAGGAGUGUGAGUGGGAGCCUGUCCACCUCAAACAGGAGAAUCUCUGCAUUAAGGAUGAGGACUGUGAACUGGGGCCAGUGGACAUUAAAGAGGAGGCUGAAGAGAAGUCUGUCAGUAUCGUGACACCCAAACAUGAAAGUGUGGAGAGUGUCAAGGAAGAAGACCUUCAUUAUGGGUGUCAAGAUGGAGCAGUGACCAGGUUAGUCUCCCCUCAGAGCACACACUGUUCAUCUUUGGAGCCUUCCAUCGAUGAGAAGUCUGAUUCAUUACAGUCAGACACAAAAAGGAGUGAGGAAAUGUCAUCCAUUAGAACUCUGGAAGAUCAGCUACCACCUUCAAAUCAGUCUGGAGCAAGUGACAUAACUCACUGCUGUUCUGAAUGUGGCAAACACUUCUCUUACAAGAGUAAUCUUACAAGACACUUAAGAGUUCACACCGGAGAGAAGCCGUAUUGCUGCUCUGACUGUGGCAAACAGUUUUGUUACAAGAGCAGUCUUCAGAGCCACACUCGAAUCCACACUGCUGAGAAGCCAUAUUCUUGCUUGGAAUGUGGCAAACGAUUCUCACAAAUUCACAAUCUUCAGUGCCACAAAAGAAUUCACACGGGGAAGACACCAUAUUGCUGCUUGGAAUGUGGCAAACAAAUAUUUUACAGGAAGAAUUUUCGGGAACACUUAAGACUUCACACAGGAGAGAAGCCCUAUUGCUGUUCUGAAUGUGGAAAAAAAUUUGCAAGAUUCGACAAUCUUCAAAGACAUAAAGUAAUUCAUACGGGAGAGAAGCCCUAUUGCUGUUCUGAAUGUGGCAAGCAAUUUUUUGACCAGAGUGGUCUUCGGAGCCACACUAGAAUCCACACUGCAGAGAAGCCCUAUUGCUGUUCUGAAUGUGGAAAACAAUUUUUUGACAAGAGUAGUCUUCAGAGCCACACUAGAAUCCACACUGCAGAGAAGCCACAUUGCUGUUUGGAAUGUGGAAAACGAUUCUUACGUAUAAACAGUCUUAUACGCCACCAAAGAACUCACACUGGAGAAAAACCAUAUUGCUGCUUGGAAUGUGGCAAACAAUUCACUGAAAAGAGCAAUCUUCGGAGCCACUCAAAAAUUCACACAAGAGAACAGAUGAGGCCAAAUGAUUGUACGUUGACCAAAAAAAUAAGAGGACUAGAUACAACCAAGUGGUCAAUCGAAGAUAAAGAGGAGAUUAUGUACUGCUACUUUUAUGCAACAGACCCUGAAUUUCCAACAAUGGGAUAUACCAGGAGGGCCCGCAUAAAACUGCAAUUCAGAAACAUAAUCUCAAGUUCCAAGUUAAAUAACAUAACAGAUGCAAACCUAAGGUCUCUAAUCGGAAAUAUUAAAGGAAGUAAGAAAAUAAGUCAGGAGAAAUUGGAAUAUCUGCAAAGAAGAGCAAAAGAAGAAGUAAUAUGUGAAAAAAGUCAAGAUCAAGUCAGUAUGAGAACAAAAAGGGAGAAGACCUGAGAUGAUGAGAAAAGGAGGGAUCUUGUAUGGUGCAGAAUGUACACCAAGUUUAGGUGUACAUCUGCAGGCAGAUUUAGUAAAAAAAAAAAAAAAAAAAAAAA